AUGAAAUGUGUGUGCGUGACAGAAAACGGAAAAGUAAAAACGGAUGGCAAUGUAAAGCCGCUAUGGGAUACAAUAUCAUCAUGCAUCGAGAAUGAUUUAAAUUAUCACUGUGAAUUUAUUGAUUUUAAUAAAUUAGAUUUUCAAGAACAUGAAACAUUAAAUAAAUUUUUAACAGCUGACAUUGUGUUGAUGGAUGUCACUAAUACACAAAAACGACCCGUUUUUAUGUAUCAUAAAGGCACGAGAGAAAGCAUUGGCUAUACAGAAGAUAUCGUUCUCAUAGAAGCAAGUGCUGAAAAUGAUGCUAUUCAAGAUUUGAAGACAACGUGCAAAAUCAAACGUCUUAUUGUUUAUCGUUAUGACGAAGCUCAACGGAUAUUUUAUGAUACUACGGCUACAUCAACAUCACAACGAAUUGCGCUAUUAAGAACUAAUCUAAGAGCAUCUCUUGAAGCAGCAUCAACUAUUGUCCAAAAAAGUUCGAGUGAUCGGUAUAUUGCUCUUAUGAAUGAUCGUCGACAUGCAAUAAAUGAUACAACUCUUUACAAAGAAUUUUUGUGGAAUGAAAUUUGCAAUGACGUAUUUACGAAUAAAAUGCAAGAGUAUGCAACGCCGGCUUUGGUAUUAAAUCUAAUUUACGCAUUUCGUGAUAUUCAAGAUUAUGAAUCGAUAAUUCAAGUUAUUGAACGUUGUAAACAAUUAGAUGUGAUUUGGACGAAAUUAGCAGAUAAUCCAAUGAUAGCAUAUCUUACUGCUUUCGCUUAUAGCAGACGAAAUGCACCUGGUGAUAGAGAUCGAGCAUUGGAAAUUUUAGAAAAGUCGUCUACAACUAAAAAAACUGAAAAUGAGCAAUCAAACGAUGCAAUAUGUUUAUGUGGACGAAUCUAUAAAGAUAAAUUUACUGAAUCAGAUUGUAGAGAUAAAGACAGUUUGACAAAAGCAAUCGCAAUUGCUGGAAUCAACUUGUUAACCCUUUUAUGUAUUGCUGGAGAAGAUCCAAAAACCAGUAAUGAAGCUUAUAAGAUAAUUAUGAAAUUGAACGCAUUAUUGGGUAAAAAAGGAGCUCUAAGAGAUUUAGCUGACUACUGGGACGUUGCCACUUAUUUUGAAUUACACGUUGUUCAACAAGAAUGGGUUAAAGCAAAUCAAGCAGCAUUACAUAUGUAUUUAUUAAAUCCACCUGUCUGGUAUAUGAAAUCAACAUUUUUUAAUCUAAAACUAUUACACGAUGCGAUAAUAAUAAGAGAUGACCGAUCAAAAAAUACGAAAGAAUCAAACGGAAAGAUACAAUCUUCUACGAAUUCCAAGAAUAAAACUAUGGCCAGUGAAGAAGCAUUUAGUUUUUGGAUUGAAUUUUUUGAUGAUGCAGUUCAAUCUGGUCAAUCAUCAGCAAACUAUUUACCCGCUAGUAUGCCAAUUCUCAUUUGUGACAAUUAUGAGAAAAAAAGUGGCGUAUUACAGACACACGUCUAUCUCGAAGCCUAUUUACAAUUGAACUUUCAUACAGAUCCUGAGACACUGGUUAUUCGUGUUCUUAAUAAAUCUGAUAAUCCACCGGCAACACCAGACAUACCGGAAGCUAGAAGUGGUGUUAAAACAAUUGAAAUGCAAUCUAUACGUUCAGUAAUAAAUGUAAAACGUGAUGCACGUUCAGUGUUUCUUCAUGCAUACGAGAAUGUGGAAACAUUUUCUUCACUCGAAUUACAAAUAUAUUUUUCAUCAGCUGAACGACGUACAGCAUUUAAUGAAAAAAUUGGAAAAACUAAAUCAGAAACAGAUGAUGUUGAAACAAAUCAGGACUUGAAUGUAAGCUGUGUUUACCAUUCACUAGGACGUGUAUUCAAAGCAGAAGAUACGGACUCGCUAAUGAAAUAUGCAGUCAAGGAAAUAUCGAUGAGAUAUCCAGGCUAUGCUGAUGUAUUACAAAAUGAAAUCAAAAUUCUAUCAUCUUUAAAACAUCGUCAUAUUGUGUCGUAUUAUGGAACUAAUAUCGAUCGUACAAAAAAGCCACCUUGUUUUCAAAUCAUUAUGGAAUAUGUUGAUGGUGGUAGUUUAACAAAAUUGAUUUCCAAAUUUGGCCAUUUUCCUGAAAAAACAAUUCGAAAUUAUACACGUCAAAUUUUAGAGGGUUUAAUGUAUUUACAUGAAAAUCGAAUAUUACAUAGAGAUAUUAAGGGAGCAAAUAUAUUGGUUAAUUCAAGAGGAGAAUUAAAAAUUGCUGACUUUGGAACUUCAAAACGUUUGGCUGGUCUACAUCUGGCGAAUGAAGAUAGUGUUGGAACUUUGAAUUAUAUGGCACCGGAUGUAGUACGUGUGGCUCCAAAAGGCUAUGGACCUGAAGUCGAUAUUUGGUCCGUCGGUUGUACCGUUAUCGAAAUGGCAACAGGAAAAAUUCCGUUUCAUAAAGUUGCUAGUAGUUGUGUUUUAAUGAUAAAAUUGGGCACGGAGAAACAACCUCCAGAAAUUCCAGAAGAAUUAUCUGAUGAAGCAAAAGAGUUUUUACAUAAAUGUUUUGAGCAAGACCCAGAUAAACGCUCAAGUGCCAAAGAAUUAUUGAAUCAUUCAUUUGUAAGUUUCGCUCCCAGUACAUAUGACUCACAUCAUCCAGACUAUUAUCAUUCAAUUAGUGACAGCAACGAUAUACUUUUAGCAAGUCCUGAGAAAAGUGUAGCAAUAGCCAAAUCGGUUGAAGAACAACGAAGAAAAAAAUUAAUCGAAUAUUUAGAAAGCCAAAGGGAUACGUUACUUGAUCAAUGGAUGUCGCUUAUUGAAGAAAAAAGCGAUCCAGAAAGGAUGAAUAUGGACACACUUUAUAUUUUAUUACCGGCAAUAAUUGAAUAUCUGGAUACAUUAAAUGAAAAACCACUACAACUAGCAAUAGAACAGAUUUCUAAGACGACAGUGAUGGAUAGUGAUCGACGAGCAGAUUUAGAGAGAGGAUGUUAUUGUUUUAUUAAAGCGGCCAAUUCUAUUUUAUUAAAUAAAAAUAUAGUUCCACAUGUUAUGUUUGCCCUUGACAAUCUUAUUCGACGGGCAGUUGAAGUUAUUGUUGGCUAUAUUAGACCGGAUUUUUCGCCUGCUCUCACGCCUUUACCACCAGAUACAGCGUCAUUGCGUACAUUAUCAUUUUCACAGUACGAAACGAAUGAUGAUUUAGAAAGAUUAGAAUAUUCAUACUUGAAAGAAGUUGAAACUAGUAAAAAACAUUUAAAAGAAUUAAUUAGUCUUGAAUGUGAAAAUAAUGUUAAACUGGAUGAACUAUUGAAAACUCAAGGUCAAAGUAAAUCUGUUGGUUUAUUUUUACCACAUGGUUCUCAACAAUCUAUAAAAGACUCUGAAUAUAUUGAUAAAAAUUCCAUGUUUAAUUUGGAUGAUGAUACAAAUAAUUCAACGUCUUCGUUGAACAAUGACGAAAAAAUACAAAUAGAACGUGUUCGUACUUUGUGUGUACUACAACAUGAACAUGACGAAUUAUUGGACAGAAUGAUUAAUAAUCGUAAACGAUUAGCAGAAUGUCUCGAUAAAAAGACGUACAUAUCUGUCGAACAAAGUUCAGUAGAGGAAGAUACUUAA